UUUACAGAUUAAAUAGAUCACUCUUGUAAUAACAGACGUUGUAGUACAAUCCGUUCAUUUAAAAAAAGGUUCUAAGUGAAGUUUAUUGUGUAUUUAUACCAGGAUUAAAAUGGAAACAGCUACACAAGUUCUGAUGAUACGACCGGUAAAAUUUGCAAUGAAUCCAGAGACGUGCCACACAAAUGCAUUUCAAAAACCGACCCACCAAACAAAUGACGAGGUGCACCAAAAAUCGAGUGAACAAUUCGAUAAUUUUGUUAAACUACUCAAAGAUAACGGUGUCGAUGUAACCGUUAUCGAUGAUACUGUGGAGCCACACACACCUGAUUCCAUUUUUCCAAAUAAUUGGAUUACAUUUUACCACAACGGCAUAUGCCUUCACUCUAUGGAAAAUAUGAAUCGGAGAGCUGAGAGAAAGCCGCACGUCUUAUCCGCACUAAGAGAAAAAUUUCUUAUUUCGGAAACGGUUGACUUGACGGCUUCCGAAGCGAAACACCAGUAUUUGGAAGGAACUGGAAGUGUUAUACUUGACCGAAAAAAUCGAAUCGCUUACGGGUGCCUGUCUUCUCGCACACAUCGCGCUGAAUUUGAAAAUUAUUGCAAUUUAUUCAAUUUCAAAGGCAUAUGCUUCAAUGCUGUCGACUCAAACAAUGUACCAAUUUAUCAUACGAAUGUUAUGUUGAGUGUGGCUGAUCGAUAUGUUAUUGUUUGCCUGGAUGCCGUUCGGGAUGAAAAUCAGCGACGUGAAUUGUUAAAAUCGUUUCACGAAUCAUCAAAGAGUGUGAUCUCAAUAUCGCUGGAUCAGAUGAAUAAUUUUGCUGCUAAUGUGCUACAACUACAAAAUGGUAUCACCGGAGAGAAAGUACUCGUGAUGAGUACUAGAGCUUUCAAUAGCCUAACGGGAGAUCAAAUUGCAACCAUUUCGAAAUUUAACAAAAUUAUUCAUGAAAAUGUUGAUGUUAUUGAAAACAAUGGGGGUGGCGGCGUGAGAUGUAUGAUGGCUGAAAUAUUUCUGACGUUGAAAUGAAUUUAUUCUCUAAUAUUUUACUUUUGUGAUUUUGUUUGAAAUGAACUGAAAUGGAG